AGGCCGUGGGAAAGCAGAUUCGCGACCUGGAGGUGAGGCAGGCCCAGCUGAGAGAGCGGAGAGCCGCGCUGGAAUCAUCCCGGGCUGACGCUCACAAGUCCGGGGCCCGGUGCACCCAGGACGCGAUCUUCCCAGAUGUCCUUCACUGCGACGCCGGGACACCACGGACCCUGGGUGCAUCCACAGCGGAGGACGCGAGCCGGGUCCCGGGCGACGACUUCUCCCCCUCCUGCCUUCGACAUCUCCAUCCGGAACCGCUUCGCUCCCCUCCACGAGACAGGACGCGACGCUGUGAUCAUCGGAGACUCCAUCGUCCGACACGUAAGUGCUACGUUAGCUGAAGGUAAAGUGCACACUCAUUGUUUGCCUGGUGCUCGUGUUCUCGAUGUUUCUGCGCAGAUAUCCGCGAUCCUGAAGGCCGACGAGAGCCCCAGAGCGGUCGUGCUUCACGCCGGGGUUAACGACACCAUGCUGCGGCAGACGGAGACGCUGAAGAGGGACUUCAGCAGCCUGAUCGAGACGGUUCGCAGCACGACGCCCGCGGCGACGAUCGUCGUGUCAGGACCACUGCCCACGUAUCGACGAGGACACGAAAGGUUCAGUAGACUUUUUGCUUUAAAUGAAUGGUUGUUGUCAUGGUGUAAAGAACAGAAACUGCUAUUUGUUAAUAACUGGAAUCUUUUCUGGGAGCGUCCUAGGCUGUUUCGCGCUGAUGGAUUACACCCCAGCAGAAUCGGAGCGGAGCUGCUCUCUGACAACAUCUCCAGGACACUUCGCUCCAUGUGA